AUGUAUUUUCCUCCCACAGAUACUGUGUGUAUACAGUCAGAGAGUGAUAUCACGAACAGUUUCACUGAAGAACAGCAGACGAAGAAAAUUCAUCACUACAUUCUCUGCAAAAAGCGUGACUGCUUGGGUGUGUCUCAAGAAGAAAGAGCACGCAUCAAAACAACCAAAAAGAAGCAGAUGUUUAAUCACAGCCUUAUCUUUAAUAAGGAUUUGGCCUAUAGCCCUAAAGUACAGAUGUGGUGGCUCGUUUACAUCGAAGGAGAAGGUCAAUACUGUCUGAUCUGCAAGAAGUUUGAUUCCAAGAAUCCCCAAAACAAAAAGGAAUUUUUUUCUGCAGAACCAAGCACAAGGUUAAAGAAAGAUUGCCUCGAGGAGCACAUUGCAACAAAGAGACACAAAGAUGCAAUCACUGCCAUUCUUAUGAACAGGUUCUCAGUUUUCCAGAAAGAGCUCGAUCAUAAUGCUGAAGUUCAGGUUGAUGUGUAUGAAAGAGUUUUCUAUUGCCUUUACUGGUUGGCAAAGGAGGAUAUAGCAAAUGUCAAGGUUAAGAGUCUGUUAAAGUUGGUUGCGAAGCUGGGGUGUGAUAUGAGUGGCUUUAAUCACACAUCAGUAGGUUCCUUUCGCAACAUGUUGCUUCUUCUUGGUGAAAUGAUUCAAAAUGAAGUCAUUUCUGCUGUAACUGGGCCAUUUGGGGUGAUGGUUGAUGACAUGACUGACAUUGCAAAUUUGGAGCAAAUGAUUGGUUUCAUCCAGUAUUAUAACAGGGGUAGCGAAAAGGUUGAGGUGAAAUUUUUGUGUUUGGAAAAUGUUCUCGCCAGCUCUGACGCAGCAGAUUCUUUAACCAUCACAAGCAUCCUUCUGGAAGUCAUUGAGAAACACAGUCUCAAUUUUGACUGGUUUAAAAGCUUUGUGUCAGAUGGAGCAAGUGUCAUGGUGGGAGAAAGGUCAGGUGUAGCUACCAGGCUGAAAGCAGAUGAAAGAAUCCAGUCGUUAAUAUCUGUCCACUGUGUUUGUCACAAACUAGUGCUGGCGUGUACCGACACUUUAAACGAUCUUGCCACAAUAAAGAAGAUGCAGAACACACUAAACACCCUUUGGCAACUCCUUGACAACUCGAACAAGAAGACAGCCAUUUUCCUGAAAGUUCAACUUGAGGUGAGUGAAAUAACUCUCUCAAACAAGAAUUCGCAGAAGAAGAUAGCUAAGAAGCUGAAGAAGGCCUGUCAGACACGAUGGCUGUCAUUUAACGCUGCCGUUCAAUCCGCUUGGGAGAGCUUCUCUGCCAUCAUCCAGUUCCUUAUCAGGAUGAAAGAUGAGGACCCCACAUGCCAGGGCCUGUUAGUUCAAAUGAACAACGUCCGCUUCCUGGCUUGCUUGUAUGUUUUAAAGCAUGUGCUUCCUGUUCUUGACAACCUGUCAAAAUCGUUUCAGCAUUCUACUGUCAAUUUCAGUCACCUUAAACCAGAAAUUGUUCGUGCUAAAACAGCGCUGGAUGAAGUGGCAACCAAAGAAGUCCCCAUCAAGCAAUUUUGCCAAGAUAUCAAGGAAGGAAAGAUGGUGCUGCUGCAGUUUUCCCCUUCUGAGCAUCAGCUUGCAUCCAUGCGAAAUUUGUUGCUCAAGUAUGUCUCUGCUUUGAAGGAAAACAUCGACCUGAGGUUUCAGAACACCCUCCCUCUUCUGGGAGCGCUCUCCAUCUUUGAUCCAACUCUUAUUCCUGCAAGCUCUUCAGAACUUCCCUCUUACGGAGUAGAUUCUAUCCAAGUUCUUGCCAAGCACUACUUCCCCGACCAACAAGACCGACUUUUGGCAGAGUGGAAUAUAUUAAAGUACCACAUGAAGGAGAUGGCCAUUCCAGCUGAUGUAAAAGAAGGCAAGACUACCAUGCCAGCAGAGUGGUGCAUGUCCCAGCUAAUGAAACAAAGAUCUUCUUUCCUUUCUCUUCUCCCUCUCCUCAUGCACAUUGUAGAAAUAGCUCUCACGAUGCCCAUAAGCAACGCAUGGCCUGAAAGGGGAGUCAGUCGAGUUAAGCUUAUAAAGUCAAGGCUCAGGAGCAGGCUGACCAAUGAGAUGCUGGAGGCCCUUGUUAAUAUCUCUAUGAAUGGUCCAGAGGCAAAUUCUUCAGAAUGUGACACCCUGGUGAAGAAGACCACUGAGAAAUGGCUCUCUGGAAAACGCUACAAUUUGGCCAAAGGGAAGUCAGCCUCAAGAGAAAGCAAGGGCAAAGAACCUGCACCACCAGAAUUAACAAGUGUAUCAACACAGACAGACCCACAAGUUGAAGAUCGUCAGAGUCAAGAAGAACAACAAGCGUUGCAAGAGGAAGAGCAGGCCCUCAUUAAACUUGGCUUAGCAAAUUUUCAAGAUGAUCCAAGUUGUGACGACAGUGACAGGGACAGUGCAAUGGGGGAAAGUGAUUUCAGUGACAGUGACUUUUAA